CACGGAGCGGAGGAAGAGCGCGGAAUUGUUCGGAGAACGCGGAGCCGUGGUGCGGGGCCGGCCGGGCCGGCUGCCCAGCGCGUGGGCUGCAGGUGCGGAGCGGGGCCGCCGAUGGGACCGGGGGACGGCCGUCCCCCAAGUCACCGCCGACUGGCCCGCACGGCGCCCGGGCAGCGCAGGGGAGCCUCCGCAGCCAGUCCGAGGGCGGGCUCCGGACUCACCGUCCCUCCAGCCUGAGGUGUGAAGCCGCCGCUCUUCCCGUUCCCUCCUCCUCCUCUUCCUUCGCCGGCACCGAGGGGGCCAUGAGGCUGGCGGCCCGUGGCGGGGGGCUCCCCGCGGGCCCGCCCGCCCCGCUCCUCGUCCUGCUGGCCAGCCUGGGCGCGGGGGCUCUGGGCAGGAACCUGCGCUACCGGCUGUACGAGGAGCAGCGGGUGGGCACGGUGGUCGGCCGGCUGUGGGAGGACGCCGGGGACGUGCUGGCGCGGCUGCCCAGUCCGGGCUCCGUGAGGUUCCGGGCCAUGCAGCGGGGCAGCGCGCCGCCGCUGCUGAGCGUGCGGGAGGACACGGGCGACAUCCGCGUGGCGGCCCGCGUGGACCGCGAGCAGCUCUGCCCGGCCCAGCCCAACUGCUCCAUCCAGUUCGACGUGAUCACGCUGCCCACCGACCACCUGCAGCUCUUCCACGUGGAGGUGGAGGUGCUGGACAUCAACGACCACGCGCCCCAGUUCGCCCGCCCGCUCAUCCCCAUCGAGAUCUCCGAGAGCGCCGCCGUGGGCACCCGCAUCCCGCUGGACGGGGCCGCCGACCCGGACGUGGGCGACAACGGCCUGCACGGCUACGCGCUGGCCGCCAACGACGCCUUCGGCCUGGAGGUGCGCACCCGGGCGGCCGACGGGGCCGCCUUCGCCGAGCUGGUGGUGGCCCGGGAGCUGGACCGCGAGCGCACGGCCAGCUACCAGCUGCGGCUGACCGCCUCGGACCGGGGGACGCCGCCCCGCACCGGCUCGGCCCUGCUGUCCGUCAGCGUGUCCGACUCCAACGACAACAGCCCGGCCUUCGAGCGGCCCGCCUACACAGUCCGGCUGGCCGAGGACGCCCCCGUGGGGACCCUGCUCCUGGACUUGAACGCCACCGACCCGGACCUGGGGCCCAACGGCCAGGUGGUGUACGCCUUCAGCGGCCACGUGGCCCCCGCCGUGGCCGAGACCUUCCGCGUCGACCCCCGGCGGGGGCUGCUGACCCUGGCCCGGCCCCUGGACUUCGAGGCCGUGGCCUCCUACGAGAUCGGCGUGCAGGCCCAGGACCUGGGCCCCAAUUCCAUCCCGGCGCACUGCAAGGUCAGCGUCCAGGUGGCCGACGUCAAUGACAACAGCCCCGAGAUCGACCUCAACCUCAUGGGCCCCGGCCGCGAGGAGGCCGCCCACGUGUCCGAGGGCGACCCCGUCGACACCUUCGUGGCCCUGGUCCGCGUCCGGGACGCCGACUCGGGCCCCAACGGCCAGGUGGCCUGCAGGCUGCACGGGCACGGGCGCUUUCGCCUCCACCGGACCUACGAGGACAACUAUCUGGUCCUGACCAACGCCACCCUGGAUCGGGAGGAGCGGGACGAGUACAGCCUGACGCUGGUGGCCGAGGACCACGGGACGCCGGGCCUCUCGGCCACCCGCCGCUUCACCGUCCGAGUGGGCGACGUCAACGACAACGCGCCCCGCUUCCAGCGGAGCCGCUACGAGCUGGCCGUGUCCGAGAACAACGCCCCGGGGGCCUACCUGGACUCCGUCGCGGCCACCGACCCGGACCUGGGCCCCAACGGCCGCGUCACCUACGCCAUCCCGGACGGCUCGGUCGCCGGCCGGCCCCUGGCCGCCUUCGUCACCGUCGAUCCGGCCAACGGGGCCCUCUACGCGCUGCGGCCCUUCGACCGCGAGGAGGUCGGGGAGAUCGUCUUCGUCGUGGAGGCGCGGGACGGGGGCGAGCCGCGGGGGCUCGGCACCAACGUCACCGUCGUCCUCGCCGUCGUGGACGAGAACGACAACGCCCCGAUCAUCGUGGCCCCGCCGCUGCGCAACGGCACGGCCCACGUCCCCAUCCCCCGCGGCGCCGGGCCCGGCUACCGGCUGGUGGGCGUCCGGGCCGUGGACCGGGACGCUGGGGCCAACGCCCGGCUCGGCUGCUCCAUCGAGGCAGGCAACGAUGACGCCGCCUUCUUCCUGGACCCGGACCUCUGCGACCUGUACGUCAACGUGAGCGCGGCCUCCCUGCCUCCCGCCGGCCGUGAGCUCCGGGUGUUGGUCUACGACCACGGCCGCCCGCCCCUCCACGCCCGGGCCCUCCUGCACUGCUCCGUGGCCCAAGGGGCCGAGGGGCCGGCCGGCGCCGCGGGGAACUCGGCCAGCCCCGCCCCGCCCGACGCCUCGCUGCUGAUCAUCGUGUCCCUUGGGGCCGUCUGCGCCCUGCUGCUCGGGGCCAUGGUCCUGUUCGCCACCAGAUGCAACCGCGACAAGAAAGACACGCGGUCCUACAACUGCCGCGUGGCCGAGUCCACCUACCAGCAGCACCCCAAGAGGCCGGCCCGGCAGAUCCACAAGGGUGACAUCACCCUGGUGCCCACCGUCAACGGCACCCUGCCCAUCCGAUCUCAGCACCGGCCCUCCCCCUCCACCUCCCCGAGGCUGGAGAGAGGCCCGCUGGGCCGCGGCAGCGGGGCGCCCGGCCACCACAGCCACCAGUCCCUCAACAGCCUGGGGACCGUUUCCUCGGGCCACGGGCCGGACCGUUUCUCCCUGGACCUGACACACGCUACGCCCGCGGUGGAGGUGUCCCAGCUCUUCGCCAUGCUCCACCAGGGCCAGUACCAGCCGAGACCCAGCUUCCGAGGCAACAAGUACUCCCGAAGCUACAGGUACGCCCUGCAGGACAUGGACAAGUUCAGCCUCAAAGACAGCGGCCGCGGUGACAGCGAGGCCGGAGACAGCGACUACGACCUAGGUCGGGACUCUCCCAUCGACAGGCUCCUCGGGGAAGGGUUCAGCGACCUCUUCCUCACGGACGGGAGAAUUCCCACAGCCAUGCGACUGUGCACGGAGGAAUGCCGGGUCCUCGGACACUCUGACCAGUGCUGGAUGCCGCCUCUCCCGUCCCCCUCGGACUACCGAACCAACCUCUUCAUCCCGGGCGAGGAGUUCCCGCCGCCGCCCGAGUCGCCACCCGCCACCUCCGCCGCUGCCGUGCAGGCUGGGGAUCCCGGCGACAAGAAGAGGAGCUUCUCCACCUUCGGGAAGGACGCCGACAGUGCCGGGGGGGACCCGGGCCCCUCGUCGCUGCUUGCCGAGAUGAGCUGUGUCUUCCAGCGCCUGCUGCCCCCGUCCUUAGACGCCGACCCUCCGGGCGGCACGGCCGACUGCCCCAACUCGCUGGAGCGGCGCAAGGGUCACCUGUUGGCCAAGCCUGCCGGGUACCCCCAGGGUGUGGCGGCCUGGGCGGCCAGCACGCACUUCCAGAAUCCCGCUGGCAACCCCGGGCCGGCCGCGGGGACCCACGCCAGCGGCCAGCCGGCGGCCAAAUGGCUCCCGGCCAUGGAGGAGAUCCCCGAGAACUAUGAGGAGGACGACUUGGACAACGCUCUCAACCACCUGGGCGAAGGCCAGCACGAACUGAUGGACGCCAGCGAGCUGGUGGCCGAGAUCAACAAGCUGCUCCAGGAAGCACGGCAGAGCUAGGCCGCCGCCACCCCCGGGCUCCGGGACGCACCGCCCGCCGCGGCCGGGGUCUGUCCACCGGAGCUCGGCCGAGGUCGGCCCACCGCAACCUGGGUGCGACCGACCGGGGCUCCGGGACGGUCCGUCCUUCAGAGCUGGGACACGGACUAGGUCGGCCCGCGGGAGCCUGGACGCAACCGACCAGGCCGUAGGCAGGGUCUGCCCGCCGGGACGUGGCGGAGGGCGCCGCUCGCAAACCGGCUCUGGCCACGAGUUACAUUUAUCAUAAAUGUGUCUGUGUAUGUUGAAUAUCAAAAUACCGUAUUUUCAUAUGUACACAAUGCAAGUGUGGUUAUCCUAAACUGUAUUUUAAAAAUACAUUUGUACCUUAUAUUUAUGUGUAAUUUAACAAAUAAAUUUUAUUUUUGUACUCCCAUGACAAACCUGUGUUACUAAGUGUUCGAAGGCCCGGCCCCGGCCCUCCUGGCUGAAAGCGGAGAGGACGGGAAUCGAGGAGCCCCCUUCUCUUGUUUCCGCCGAGGCGGCGCCUCACCCGUCCUCGGCCCAGCCGCUUCCCCAUUCCAGGGCCGGAGCCCCUCCGGGAUGGAGCGGUCGCUACCGAGACCCCAGCUGGGCUCCCCCUUUGGCUUCGUUACCCAGACCAUGCCAGCGUCACCGACGGCCUCUGGCGGGUAACGGGGCAGGACGGCAGCUUUUCCUCUUGGCCCAACGUGGCAUCCACGCAGCUCAAAACGGUGGAGCCAGAGACACAGUGACGUGCGGGAAAUAAGGAACCCAUCCCACCUCGGGCCCCCCAUCAGCCCCAGCCUCUUACGGUUACGGUCGAUGUUCACCGUCCUCCUGCAGACUCUGCUCAUCUCUCUCUCCUUCCGCGGGCAAGGAGAUUGGUUUUGAACCUCAUGUGGUACUUUCACUGUCCUGCCUUGUUUUGUUGCAUUUCUGACUGCUCUCUCUCAUUGAUUUCUUGAGUACCCUGCAUGGCUGGCUGGGGUGAUCCUCUUGGAAUAGUAUUUUUCUGCUCUCGUUUAUGACUGCUAGUGCAAUGUCAUCAUUAUGAA